UGUAUCUUGUGGGGCGAUCGGGUCGUAAUCCCUGGCAAAUUGCAAGAGACUGUGUUGGCAGUAUUGCAUGAGGGACAUCCGGGCAUUGUGCGGAUGAAAUCACUCGCACGCAGCUACGCUUGGUGGCCGGGAAUCGACAAAAGAAUCAAGGCCUGGGUCGCUACGUGCCAACGUUGCCAGGACGUCAGCAACGCCCCACCGAAAGCAAGCCCAACCGAAUGGGAAACACCGAGGGGACCGUGGUCCCGUAUUCAUAUUGACUUUGCGAGGCCUACCAAAGGUCACACUUUCCUGAUUACUGUCGACGCCUAUUCUAACUGGCUCGAGAUUCAUCGAAUGCACACAACUACAACCGACUCAGUUAUUAAUAAAUUAAACAGACUAUUUGCCACGCACGGGUUUCCGGACGUGUUGGUCUCGGACAAUGGCCCACAGUUCACUGCAUUGCCCUUUGAACAAUAUCUUGCUGAUCGGGGCAUCCGCCAUGCGCUGACCUCGCCCGCGCACCCUGCGGCGAAUGGACGUGCAGAACGCAUGGUACAAUUUGUGAAAAAGACCCUGCAUAAAAUGGAAUUUGGCAACUUCGACGAGAAAAUCAAUCGAAUCCUCUUAUUGCAGCACAUCACGCCCCACAGCGUGACCAACAAAACACCCACUGAACUUCUUAUGGGGCGGAAAAUACGAUCGCACCUUGAAGCGCUCCACCCCACUUUCGUAGCAAAAGCUAACGAUGAUUUUGGCUUCUGA